CGCCGAUUCACGCCCCUUCUCUGCACCCAACCCAGAUUCGCCGACUUUCGCCGACUUACGCCCCUCAUUCGCCGGUAGGUAUGGCAUUUUGUCCUCGAUCGCCGUCGGUGGGGAGGGAGAACCUGCCGGCUAGAUCCAGCCGGCGAGGCGGGGUUUAUUGGACGAGCGUGUUGCCUUCUUGGUACCCAAGAACGCCUCUCCGAGACAUUACAGCUAUCGUGCGGGCCAUUGAAAGGAGAAGAGCUCAUCAAGGAGAAAUGGAAGACCAAAAAAUUGAGAGUCCAACACCUCAGUGCCAAAAUAUUCUCGGAUCUUCUGCUCUCAUAUCAAGUCCUCAUCUCAAGAACAAUAUUUCUAUGAUCUCUCCAUGUCCUAGUGCUGGAAUGAAGCUUGGUACACCGUCUAUUUGUAAAAUCCCAAAAACCUUGGUUAGUGUCAUGGGUCAAACUGCUGAGGCAUCAGAUUUUCUCACACCUCAAAAGGAAUUCCUAAACUCAAUUGACACAGUAGGGAAAUUAGUAAUGGAGGAAUUGCAGGAACUCGAGAGAACCCCAAGUGCUAAGAAGGCAGACAAGGAAAAAAGAAUGCGCACUUUGAUGUCAAUGCGCUGAUUGCAAAGAUUGUUAUGUUGUUCAAAGCAAUCAAGAUUGAGCGAACUCAAAUAGAAAGAAUUAACAACUAACCUGCGUGGUAAGGUUGAUAAUCUUCUGAUGAUUUUCUUGUUCGAUACUCAAGAUGGUGGAAGAUCGCUUUGUAUGUGGACCAAUCUUCUUGUUCUCUGAUUACUUCUUUAAAUGUUAAAAUCUAGCUUUUGUCUUGGUUAGGAUCCGUAGGCACUUUUGCUUGUAAAUAUCAAACUGCUAAAAGCCUUGGCGUAGGAUUAUAGGCACAUUUGUUUCUACUUAAGGCCUUGAGAUAGUGCUAGUAGAGCAGGCAGUUUUUUGAGCCAAUGUAUAGAAAUGUUGCAUCUGAACAUUCCUUUUACAAAUGUCUUUAACUCAUGUACCAAUUUUUCACCAAGCACAAUAAGAAAAUUUUGCAUUGCACUUUCUUUCC